AGAAACAACUCAUUGCCCCAAACCGGCAAAGCUCUCUCUCUCACUCGCACACUCACUCUCGUUGGCUCUCAGAAAUCACAAAAAGCUGGGAGAAAUGAGUGUCCUCUCUCCUCCCACCGGGAAAACCCCAACCAAAAUGCUCGACCGCGUCCUCUCCUCCCGCCGAUACGCCUCCCACCCCGACGCCGACAACGACGCCGCCGACGACUCCAAGACCAAGAAACACUUGCCCCUCUCCUUCUUCACCACCCGCAUCACCAACUACUUGACCCGAACCGGACCCGUGUUGCCCUGCCUCCUCCUCCUCGCCUUCGUCCUCCUCCUCAUCUUCUCCCUCCUCUUCAACUCCCGCCGCUUCGUCUGCGUCUCCCCGUACGACCCCGUCUCCCGCCCCGGCUUCUUCGGCUUCGAUGGCCUCGAAUCCGAUUUCGGAUCCCUCGGCGUUCCCUGGUGCAGAUCGAAACACGGAAAAACAGUUGAUUGGACGUCCAAGGAUUUGAUCAAGGCACUGGAAGUGUUUGUACCAAUCUACGAGACCCGACCAAUCCAAAACAACAUGUAUGGGAUGGGAUUUGACCACAGCUUUGGGCUCUGGUUCAUAACCCAGUGGCUGAAGCCGGAUUUGAUGAUUGAGAGUGGUGCUUUCAAGGGGCAUUCUACUUGGGUUUUGCGACAAGCAAUGCCGGACAAGCCUAUCGUGUCCCUCUCACCACGGCAUCCUGAAAAGUAUCUGAAGAAGGGGCCUGCAUAUGUUGAUGCAAACUGUACUUAUUUUGCGGGGAAGGAUUUUGUUGAUUUUGGAAGUGUUGAUUGGGAAAAAGUGAUGAAGAAACAUGGGAUUACUGAUCUUGGCCGUGUUCUUAUCUUUUUUGACGACCAUCAGAAUGAAUUGAAAAGAAUAAAGCAGGCGCUGAAGGCUGGUUUCCGCCAUAUGGUUUUUGAGGACAAUUAUGAUACUGGAACUGGGGAUCAUUAUUCCUUAAGACAGAUAUGUGAUCAAUCCUAUAUUAGAGGAGGUGGUCACAGUUGCUUUAAAGACAGUGAUGAAGCUCGGAUUAGGUCAAAAAGGAAGCAUUUCUGGGAGAAAGCAGUUGAUAUAGAAGAACUUUGUGGGCCAGAUGAAGCAUGGUGGGGUGUGAGAGGGUACGUGCGGGAUAACUUUAACCACAGUAAUAAGUUGAUACCGUAUGCAGAACAUUUUCAGAACAGCCGGUUUAUGGAAUCAAUUCUUGAUGUAUACUGGGAGCUGCCACCAGUGGCAGGACCGUCCCUCACACAUCAGACUAGAUAUGAUCCUGCUCGUGCACCGCCUCCCAUUGUUGAAGAUGGUCGGUAUGGCUUAUUCCAACGGCUUGGUUUAACCAGAUUCGAUACUUCUGUAUUUAAUGGAUACACUCAGAUGGUUUACAUUCAGAUAUCUAAACAGUAAUUUUAGAGAUAGAAAAAUGCAGGUGCGCUGUUUAGGUUUCCAUAGUUUGUUCAUAAUAUGAAUUAUGCACUCAUUUUCUAAUAGCUUUCCCACUUCUCCAUUUCCCUUGAUUUUCUGAUUUGUCUUUCUUCAGUGACAACUGUUCUGUACUUGUAUCAUGCCAUAGCUGGACUGAUUCCACUUAUUUUCAGCUGUCCACUAUCUUCUUUGAACCGAUUGAGUUAACAUGUCUACUGU